AUGACGAUUGAAGAGAUACCAUUCGAUAGGAACAAACUGGUUGAGAUGGUUGGAAAAGUCUAUCAAGAACAUUUUGAUAAAAAAUGGACAGGUUCUGUUGCUGACUUGUAUUCUAUAUAUUACUAACAGUAUGUUGUGGAAUAUAUUAAUGAUUGAAAUCACAAAUGAUGAAGGGGUGCAUUGCAUUACCAAUUAAUUUAGUUAACCCAUUAUGUUGCAUUCAGUGCCCUAAAGCAACCUAAUUUAUUAUUUUAGUCUGUCUUGAUGUGUGUGAUACAUGUUUCAAUAUAAUACAUGUUUCACAGCUAGAAAGAGCUUAUUAAAAUGAGUAAAUUUUCAAAGUUUGUUUGCGAAAUGUUAUAAAAUGCAGAAAAUAUAGCCUUGCAAAUUUUGUAAACUUUUGUAUUGCGUGCGGAAAUUGCAACCAUUUUCGGCCCAAAUGUGGUAAGAAUUUCCGCAUGUAAUACAAAAAUAUAGAAAAUUUGCAAACUUUGCAAGGCUAAAUUUUCCCCAUUUUACAACAUUUAGCAACCCAACCUUGUAGCACACUCUAUCUAGCUGUGAUGAUUUAUUUGCAUCUCCUUGCUUACUUUUAAAAUUAAUGUAUAAUAGGAAUUGUCUAUUGUUCCUGUUACCGUCCCUAUCCUGGGAUUUGCAGAUCUUGAUUUGUAAACUAUCAAUUAUCUACCCCCAGGGAAAUAAAAUUUCCUACCCCAAUUUCCAACCCCAGAAAAAACAUUCAUAAACAAUUAUUGGAAACAAACAGCUCGCAAUGGAGUGGUACAUAAAUUGUUAUUUUGAAAUUAUUAUUGUUUACUUAAUUUUUAUUAAUAUAGGACAUGUUUGUGAUAUUGCUGGAUGUAAAAGGGUGAUUGUUCUUGAUGGCAAUAUGAAGAAUGCCAGAGAAGUUUGUGCAUGCAAUAAUGUUGGGGAACUGUUUUUCAGUGGAAUGGAAGGGAGCAUUGUUGUUGGUAAGUAAUGAAUGUCAUAGCCAGAGCAUGCCCGUUUGCAGGUUAGGGUUGAGUAUUGUUUUGGAGAAAUUGAAUUGAUUCACAUUGCAUUUGCGAUGUGAGUUGUGCGCAUACUUGCCAAUUGUUGCAAACUAUAUGAAUUAGAAACUAUUUAGAAUUUUUCGUUCAAAUUUUGAUACUUUUUACACUGAAAUUGAUUGAAAUUUGAAAUUAAACAACAAAAAAUUCCAGGGUAAAUAUGCAGGAAAGCUUUGGAUUGAUAAGGAUACAACAACCUGAAAAAUACAAGGAGAACUUCGACGUUUUGAGUGAAGGCCCUUUGACUUGUCCAGUUAGUGUUUGUAUACAUUGUACUUGACCUUUACUGUCGGUAUUCAUGAUAAAUAGAAUAUCCUCAAGAAUGAGAGAAUGUUUACCAAUAAACAGUACAUAUGAUAUACCAUAAAUUCUGACAUAUAUAAUAUAUGAGAGCAACGUGGAUAAUCCAAUGUCAAGUUCUGUACUCAUGGAGAACAUUAGUAGACAUUAGUAGGCAAAAGAGAUGUAUACAUAAUGCAAUACAGAACACAGUCUAAGUGGGAGUUCCUAUACUUUUUAAAGAGGUACAUUAGGGCCAUUUAUACGAAAAUGUUUAUUCAAGUUUAAACAUACCUAUCUCUGUAAAUAUUACAUGGAAAUGCACAAGGCGUGUAUCAAAAUUUAAGUUAGACAUUAUUCAAUAUUGAAUGCAAUGCACAUAUAGUUUAGGUAUUCUAGCUCUGCUAGUUUUUAAGUUAAAAUAAAUUAAACAGGGCAAUUUUUGCAUCACCCGGUGUAAUUUUAAGAGAUCAGGGUCAUGCCAAAUGGUUUUUGGUUGGGGGAGAAAUCAAAAUUUGGGCCCCCUCCCAAUUGGGCCCCCCUCAAAAACAUAUUUUUUCGAAAAUACUGGGGAGGGGGGAGGCCCCAAAAAAUUUUUCAAACACUAGGUUUACAUAAUGGGGGCUUAAAUUUAGUUUUGAAGACCUUUUUAGACCAAUUUUCCAGAAAAUUCCUUAAUAUUUAACACGCUCCUCUUUCCAAGGACCCCCUCUCCGCAAUUUGGGCCCCCUUUUUUACUUUUAUUUGGGGGGUGAUACACUCCCCCAGGUGGCACGGCCCUGUAAGAGAUGUUUCAAAUGAACUAAGUCUAACCUACUUUUUCUUGCCAAUGUCCUUUAAGAAUAUAAAGGUACUUUACGCAAAAUAUGGUUAACAUUAUUGGAUGCGACUUUUAAUGUAAUGUAUAUUAUUCCUUAUAGGUUGUCAAAAUACACCUAAAAAGGGAUCGAGGUAUUGUGUUGAACACGAAAAUUUGUCUUCGCCAUUUAUCGAUGACUCAUGUUUAUUGACAUCAGAAAAGAGAUCAGUUGCUGAGCUUCCACAGAUUGAUUUAAGAAAGGAAAUACUGCCAGUUAAGAUUAUGAAUGAGAAAGAAACCAGACAAGGGAAAUUUUAUCAGGUAAGAAUUCCUUAUUAAUAAUUCAAUCCCGCUUUUUGCAGGUUAAAAAAAUAUCCGGAAAAUAAAUGGAACGCCAAAUUAUUGUGGAUGGAUGAGAUCAGGUUGAAGCGUGAAGUCACAGUUAAAUUUACUUUAUCUGGAAAGAUAACAUCACAGUUAAAUAAAUUAUAUACUGUACCAGGGACUGGUUGUACGAAGGCCGGAUAGCGGCACUGGAUAGUGAUUUUUUCAAUGAUCGUAAAAUUAGUCGUUGACUUGUUGAUUGGUAGAACUCUUAUUAAAGUUUAGUAUUUAUAAGUUAAAUCUUUUUUAUACUUCCUGUCUUGUCUAUGUCCGUAGUUUCACAGUUUCUCAAGCGUUUCAUCUGGGCCAAGUUGUACCGACCUUCGUACAACACGUCAUGUGUAACCAUAGAUUGUAAAAUUAAUGGAUAGGAAACUUCCUGACGUCAUUGACAUCAUGCCAGUGAAUUAUGUACAGUUCUAUAUAUAGUUCAUAUAUUCCUUGUUGAAAAACGUGACGUCACGCGUAUUGCGAAUAUUACCAAAGUUCUCGGCAUUUCUUUUUUUUGCUAUAUUUUCCACUUUAAAAAGGUGAUAUUGAACAAUAAAGUGGAGUAAUUGUUUUAAAAAAACACCUAAGCCACGACAAAGUAUUGAAGGUAAACGUUUUUCGUCUUUGUUUUGUAGUAUUUUUUUACAUUAGUACCUACGAAAUUGGCGUCGCCAAUUUUAAAGAAAUUUGCGAUGUAUUUUUCACUGUUUAGUGCUUGAAAUAGUUGCUAAAAUUGACUGGGAAUACUUAGAGUUUUCAUCGUAGAAUGGCGUGGUUAUAUUAAUUUGUUCUUUGACUAAAAUGUUUAGCUGUAUCAUUGCUAAACAUGCCGUUUUUGAGAAUUUGGUCUGCCACUAGGUUUGAACAUCCAAACACGCCAUCAGCCCAUUGAAAACAUUAGAUCACGUCAGCUAGUUUCCUAUCCAUUUAUUUUAUUAUGCAUGGUGUAACUUAAUAGGAUUUCGUGUCCUCAUAUUUCUGUAGAUGUACACGUCAUACUCACGCCAUGACAUUUACUGGCAAAAUGGCGUCCUGAACAACACGAACUUUUGCAUUUUAUUGCGGCUUUUUGGAUCCAAAUUUAUGGAUAAUCAAGAGUAUCAUUUGUUGAAUGUUUGAAGUUGUAGAAAAGGUGUUGAAAGCAUUUUUGAAAGCAACGACGUAUUUGCAAAUGACGAAAAAUCACGACACUGCUAGGAAGAUGGCGACCAUGGCAAAACUUGUUUACUGAAGUUUCAGAUGUGUUUAUAGUUAAUCUAUGAUAAUACUGAUUAAAAAAUUAAAGCCUCUCAAACGCGCACUGGCUAGGACCAUGGUAUCAGCAUUUGAUAACGAAUUACGGGUUACCCCAAAAUCAUAGGAAAAUCUUAGGAUCUAUUCUCUAUUCUGUGAUUUAAUGCUGCAAGACGUUUGCAAUGUGUACAAUAAGGAAUGGUUUAAUAUUUGAAGUUAAAAGUUAUGUUGGAUUUUUUCAUUUAGGUGCUGUGGUCUGAUGGUAAAGAAAGCUGGGCAAAAGAGGCUAAUUUGCCUAUGAAAGUUUUAGCCAUCCUGAAAUUGGGGAAUGGAUAUUCACAGACGAAAGUUAAGGUGGAGGAGUUUGGCCAAAGUCGUUUUUAAUUAAGACUAUCUGAGAAUAAACAUGACUUUAAUGAUGAUAACUUAAUUUUAAAAAGGUUAGUUGCCACAAAGUGCACAAACAAUACCCAUGCAUAUAUAUAUAUAUAUAUAUAUAUAUAUAUAUAUAUAUAUAUAUAUAUAUAUAUAUAUAUAUAUAUAUAUAUAUAUAUAUAUAUAUAUAUAAAUGGCAAGGAUGGGUAGUAGCGAAGUAGUUGUAGUUCGCUACUGUAGCGAACUACAAUUUUCAAGUAGCCAGUAGUUUUUGACUACUUUUUUAAAACAAUAGCUGUAGUUAUAGCGAACUACAUUUUGCCUAAAAGUAGCCAAGUUGGCUACUUUUCAAACAGCGAAUCGCUAUUCGCUACUUUGUAAAAUUGUUACCAACUUGAUAGAAUAGCAUGAUAUUGAGACACGGUUUGCUUAAAAUCAAUACUCAAUACUCAAUUUGCACGCUUUGUGUUUACUGUUGCUACUCGUAAGUCGAUUUGUUAUAGGUUACAUUUUAGCCUGAGUUAGUAGAUGCUCCAAAUACAGUAAAACUAAAAAAUAUAGCGUAGCGAAAUAGCGAAAUAGUUCGCUACAUUUUUUAAGCAGUAGCUGUAGUCAGUAGCGAACUGCCUUUGUUGAAAAGUAGCAGUAGUUGUAGCUGACUACAUAUUUUUGAAGUAGCUGUAGUUAUAGCGAACUACAAAAAUUUUGUGGUCAACCCACCCUUGAUAAAUGGAUGCACCAAUAUUUUAUUGAUAUUGUAGUUCGGGAUUUGGUGCCAUUGAAUUGGAGAGUGUGAAUGGUGAUGGUAAUGCUUUAGGAGCUAUUGAUUGUGGAACAGAAAAAGGGAAGCACAAAUGUAAAAACUUCAGAACUGCUGGUAAGCAUGUAGAUGCAUUUAUGCCAUAAUACCGUGACUUACUGUAUGUGAAAUGCCAAUGCGUGUUGCAUAUUCAGUCCUGUACAGACGUUUUAAGAAUAAUCAUUUUCUUGGCGUAUUUUUCAUUAGAUCGCUCGAUCAUACGAUUUUUUAUUAAUUAUGUAUCAAACGUUUGGAGGCUUGUUGGUUGCUCUAUAAUGAUUAUCCAAUAUCGUAAAUGUUUUACAUUAUUUCUUAGGGAUUUUGGUGUUUGAAAGACCUUGUGGGGUGGUUAUUGGCAUUAGGGAGUUGUUUGGCUCGGAAAGUAAAACUCAGGUUUAUGGUCAUUUGCAUGCUCUUAUAGACAAGGGGAAAAUGGAUGAGUUAGGUAAGUUGGCAAUAGUGUAAAAAGGUUUGGAAAUUAUUUUAGGCAUUUCUGUUUGGGUUAUUUUUCUUACGUAUCUAUUUAUCUAUUUCAUAUAGGCACAAUUUGUUAUGACGAUGCAUGCCAUUUAAAGAGAUUUGCUAUGAAUCCAAAGCGUUGCAGUUUGACACCCACGGCAACACUUAUUUCAACACGGGAUAUUGUGUGUGAUCGUUUUCACUUUAGAAACCACAUUGACAAGUGGUGUAAAAAGCACUGUAAUCCAGACCAAUGUAAUGAUCUAAAGGUAUGUACAAUACAUGGAUUAUGGAAUAUGUCGAAAUUUCAUCCUACAGGUAUAUGGUACCUUUGGUUUAGCCUGUGAGCAGGCCCUCCUGGGUUGUGGGCGGCGCGAAAAAAUAAGGGCCUACACGAAACUAUAGGUUUUCUUGGUAGUGGCGUUCGUAUAGAAACGCAGGCUUCUGAUUGACUUACACUGGUUUACAAGAUUAGUAAAAAUAGCAAAUGUAAACAACAGCAUUUUGAACUUUAAUGUAUCACAGGCAUCGUAA